AUGCUCGUCAAGCUGCCCAACGCAUCGUCAGAUGGCGAGAACAUGAUAAAUGGGUGCGACGCUGGCCUUGUCACUCUCAUCGCGCGUUGCGCCAAGUUCAAUAAAUUGCGCGUGCGGUUCACCCCGCAUCAGAUCGACAUCAUCGUCAAGUCGGCGGCUGAAGCAUCAGCAGCGGCGCCUGUAUCAAGGUGGUCUACGCGCUCGCAAAAUGACUUUGUCAAUUGGAUAUGCGUCAAGUGUUCGAAGAAGACGAGCCGCUGGAUGCACUCGGUUCGCGUCCUCAACUUUUACAAGAAGUAUCACCGGUCGAUCAUCGUGCACACCGAGGAUCAGCACCCAGAGAAUCUGCCAUCGGCCGAGUGGUGA